AUGAGCUGCACAAGGGUGCAUGCCGUUGGGCUCCUCUUGCUCACUUGCAUUUUACAUGCUAUCGCAUUGCCGUCGCGCUCAAACGAGGAUUGUCGGGGUCUGGACAAGACCUGCGGCGGUUGGAACCACGAACCCUGUUGUCCGGGACUGACGUGUAGAAAAGUUCGAGAUGGCAACACCUAUGGACGCUGCUCUUUCUCCCUCCUUGAGCUGCACUAUCCCAUCAGGACGGUGACUACGACGACGUUACCACCGUCUCUACGGAGCCAUCCACGUAGACUAGUUGAAGCCACUUCUAUACCGAAGCGACCUUAA